AGCUAGAGUGUGAAGACAAAGGAGAACAACAAAAGAAUAGGAAAGAAAAGGGAGUUCCAUUGAUCUUCCAAAAGGAAAAACUAAAGUCUCUUUAAUGGCUCCUCUCAUUGUGUCAACUUUAUAGAGAAAUCUUCACUGAGAUCAUCACCUAAAAAGAGAUACAUUUACACAUUCUCACACAGGUAGAUACAACUUUGUGUCCCUUAUCUGCAUCAGAAGGUACCAACCAGAAAAUCUCAUUUAUAGUUAAUUACAUACAUAGAGGAAGUGGUAUUACUACUACCCUUGCCAUCACCAAUGUUGCUAAGUUCCAUUUCCAGAACCAAGAAGUUCUUCCAAAAGACUAUAAAGAACUUCAAGUCUUUCUUCUCCCCAGGUUAUUACCAAAGGCUUCCCAAAGCUUCUCCACACAGUCAUUUCUCUUAUUCUGCGGCUGCUGCAUCAAGUGCCAUGGAUAUGACCAGCAACACAAGCUAUCAAGACAUGGAGAAGUUGUACACCGAUUUCUCUGACCAAUGGGAGUCAGAAAAUGAGAAAGCAAGGAGGAGAAUGAAGAAGAAAGCUGCAUCUGCAUUGCCAUCAAAGCAAGAAAGUGAGGUCUAUAGUGGAAGCUACAUUAGCUUGUCCAAUGCAAGCCAUGCUCAGAAGAAGAACAAGGUGGAGAAAAAAGAGGAAGGUGGUGGCAACAACAACAAGAGGAGCUUAACUAUUCAAAAGGGAAGGAAGAAAGAGUCAUCGUCAUCAUCAUCAUCAUUCAUGUCUAUGUGUAUGAAAGAACACAGAUACUGCAUGGUGGAACAGAAGCUGAGGGAGUUGGAGAUGUUGGACAUGAACAAUGUGGAAUAUGUAUUGGACAUUGAAGAGGUUCUUCAUUACUAUUCUAGACUCACUUGCCCUGCAUAUCUUGAAAUUGUGGAUAAGUUCUUCUUGGAAAUGUACUCAGAGUUGUUUGGUCCAUCUAUGCGGCAUGCUUCACCUCGCAGUGUUAACUCUAGGCUCAAGAUGAGAUAUCAGUGAGAGGUGUUAGGUUAUCUGUUUUGCUUUGUCUUUGUUUCUUAACUUCUUAAUAAUAUCCUCUAAAGAUUAUUUGACGCUUUCUUGGGUUGAUUCUAUGUGUUUAUUGACCUUGAAGUUUCAUGGACGCCUGGUUAUAGCUGUUUGUGUUUUGUGUGACCAAAUAAUUCAAAGGUUUAUUUAUUUUGUUCA